UGUAUCGCAUGAAUUCAUGCGUACUUAGUUAUUUAUUUUUGUGAAGGCGAAUAGAAAUUGAAUGGAAAAAAGAUGUUAUGAAAUUUCAUUUUAUUCGAGACAAGGAAGUUAUCAAAAAGAGAACAAAAGACAUGACAUAUCAUACAUAUGUUAUUCGAAACUAAUAUUAGUUGGCUUUUAUAUACGAAAUGAAUGCCUCUGCACGUAUUUAGAUAUCGUUAUUUGAAUACUUUAAACAUUGUGUUAAUUUGAAUUCAGAAUGAACGUUUGGGAAUAAUUUCUACCAGUUAGCUUAUCUUUCCUUUUUUUACAGGAACAGAGAAAAAUCUAUAAGUUCUAAUUUAUAGACUUAAUAUGAGUGGAGAAAGUGUGACAGAAAAUAAAUUUCGACAAAGGAACCAGCGACAGGCUUUCUACAUGUCACAACUAAAGACGAUUCAAGAGAAGGAGGAAUUGCCAAAUAAUGUCAAAACGGUGUCAACACAAAUAUCUGCCGAGUUUUCUUCUCCGACACAAAGAUUCGAAGAUAAGAUGGAUGCAUUAAAAGAUGCUAUAGUUGAGAACAUUCAAAAGCAUAUUGCUGAACCAAUACAAGUGGCAGUAACUAAAUUUCUGCAGGAAGCACUGACAAAAAGAGAUGUAACUCACAAGACAUUUCAAAGCGUGUAUACUCAAACAACGCACGGGGCUACUGAAAGAGGGGUGUUAGGAGAAGUUGAGGAAAGCGUCAUUGACACCACAGAACCGAGAGCUUUAUUUCUAGAGAGGACACAUGCCAACAUAGAGUCAAGCCGACGCACUGCCAUGAUUAAACAUCAUGAAGAAGACAAUCCAUAUGACAAUUUUACACCCAAAGCUCCAUUGACAUCAGAAUUUGGCAGUUAUUCAUUGCAGAUAAGAGAGAAGCUAGUAGCGGUUAAACCAAGACCUAAAUCAGCAAUCGAAGUUAAAACAGAAUCAUGCGAUGAAAGAGAGUGCCUAGCAAACGCCUUACAGUUUCACGUCGAGGACCUUGUCGACGGAAUUAUUUUUCACGAAAGCGAACUCCCGGACUGUCUUUUAGCAGAGGGAUGUUUGACGGAAGACGAAUGUGCAUCAGUAAGAAAACUUCGUGAUAGAAAAGACCAGAUUAGAGUCCUUCUAAGUUUAAUCAAAGGGCGGGAUUUGCGCGUCUUGAAAGACUUCAUGAAGCACAUUGAACAACACAAUGAAGAAGUCGCUAGAAAAAUUAUAGAAAAGUUUGAAGAUAACAAGCGUGCAGGUAUAAGAAGAAAAUUAUGCUUCCUGUGUCAGCUAAAAAAGCAGUUCAAUGUUAAACAUUUGGUUGACAGUCUAUGGGCCGUAGAGGCCAUUGAUGACGGCUUAUACAACGAGGUCAUUUAUUCCGAAGCACCUUUAGGUGCACAGGAAACAUUAUGGGAGAAAGUUAUAAACUCCAUUAACUGUCUUGAUAAUCAAAAGGCUGAAUUAGCACACGGAAAGCUUCUGAAAGCGCUUACAGGCAAGAAUCUUUUCACACACCUGGCGGAUGGCAUUCAAAAAAUGCUGAUCAGGAAUCAUGCAAAACUUACGUGUUCCUGUGAACCGAAGCUGAUUCUACCAAGCAGAACUUCAUACGGUGCAAGUUCGACUUCGGAAGAGUCUUUUUUCCCUGAUUCGAGUUCUGAUGGAACAUCAAACGAUAUAGGAAGUUCCAGUGGUAUACAUAGCAGAAAUAUUCCCUUUAUGAGAUAUGACGUUCCUCUUGGCAGAUUUACUGAAGCAACAGAGGAUCCGCUUACACCCUCACGUAUUGCCCUGGGUGCCGAUAGUUCUUUUGAAGAUAGCAUUCCCCAAGAGAGAAUCCAACCAGACCUUAACUCUCAAACAUUUUCAAAGACACCCGUGUCGGAUGGUGUACCUGAUUAUGUUAAUAAAACAACCAUAGAUGCUGCAAAGCCGUAUCCACGAAUGAAGCCAGCAGUUCCAAAGAAGCCUGUGAGAGCUCAAACACCAGAAUGUUCAAAAUAGCUUCUUAUUGUAAUAAAAAGAGAGAAAAAAAUAAUUCAUAACUUUGGAAGCUUACUUGGAAUUGUAUGAUAUAUAAUGGAAAGUAUUUGAAGAAGGAAGACUAUCUAAAAUGCACAAAAAAAAUGUAAAUAAAAGUGAGUACAUCAAAAAGCAGACAAAUGUGAUAACAUACUCUGAAUAAAUAUUAUAUCAGAUUUACAUAGUAUUACAACAUUUUAGACCACUGUAAUCUUUGUAUUAACUAUGAUAACACUAGAGUCAUUGUAUGACUGGUCUUCAGCCAAAGGAAGCGACAGAUGUAAAAACUGGCUAUUUCUUGUAAAGGAUAAGCUACCUUCACAUGGUUUACAGGCAUUUAUACAAUUUCCUUUCCGUUGUAAAAAAUGAUUAAAUGAUAUAUCAACUGUUCUCAUAGACACCCAUAUACUCCAGUGGAGAGCUGAGCAUCAGUGGUGUGGACCCUAACUAAGAUCUUAAAAACUCUUUAAAACUAGAUACGAAGUUGAACCAUAUUGCAAAAUACAGCUACCAUAUUCUCAAAGAUCGGCUUUGGCAAAGUUCAGGUGUGGUGUUGCACCGCUGCGGUUUUGAAAAUGGGCGAUUGGAGGGAUUACCUGAAAACGAGAGAACAUGUACUUUCUGCAAAACCAUUGUUGAAAAUGAGAUGCAUGUUCUGUUUAACUGUCAAACUUUUUCUGCUGAUAGAAAUUUACUUUUGAAAAAGCCCAUUCUUUAGGCAAUAAUUUUAGAAUAUUAUGUGAUACUUAGAAGUUUCAGUUUCUGUUUACCCACCCUGAUAUGAUAAGAAUUUUAGCAAAAACGUGGUAUAAUAUACUGAAAAUCCGAAAAAAACACUUUGUACUGUAUAAACAUUGAUGCAGCAUAGUCUUUUGUUUCUUUUUCUAGCUUGGUAUUAUUCUGUAACAGAAACAUAGACUUUGCACUAUUUUAGCUAAGUAUUAUCUGUUUAAGGACCUUUUUGUAAUAUGCUGUAUAACUUUACUAUAUUUUACUGUUCUGUGCUUAUGUUUAAUAUUUUAGGUACACAGUGAUAUGAUACGUAGGUUUAACCUUUGUUUUAGUGGUAUUUGUAUAUAUGGGUACUGUAAUAUUUAUAGGUUAUUAGCUUUGUAUCGGGAAAUAUGCACUUGUUCUUCAGCGGAAAUAUUGCGCGAUUUUAGGAGCGCAGUAUUCUUCCGCUGAAGAACGAGUGCAUAUUUCCCGAUGCAAAGAUAAUAACCUUUUUAUUACAUACGCAUCUGCGCGUAUAAAUAUUAUGUAAAUAUCAUAAAUAUGUUCAAUAGCCUGAAUGGGAUUGACAAUACUAUACUGAACUAAAUAGAAAAUAGUGCAACAACACACACUGAAUUACGUCACGCACCCGAUAUGAAAUUCAGGCGUCAGUGUAUAGAAAAUAUUGACGUUUCCGGUACCAGUGUAACUUAACGGGGAAUAGAAACGAGUAUGUAAUAAGGCAGUUUAUUUUGUUUCUUUUAAAGUAUGUAUAGUCUCUUAUAAUUCUAUUUUAAGAAUGGCUGUGUACAAUAUGUGUUUUUUUUUUUUUAUGAUGAAAAUUUAUAUGUAAUUGUGCAUAGAGCAAACUCAAAUAAAUAAAUAAGCAUACAAAGAUGAGAAAUAAAAUUUUAACAAUA